ACUUGCAGCUCGGUCUGAUUCAAGGACAUAUUAAAGAUGGCGGGUGCUGCGCUACCAGACCAGUGCCCUACCUUGGGAGGCACCACCGUCUUCACUUCUCUCUUCUCCCUCGGCCAAGAUACCAUCAGCUCACCAUGGGCCAGUGGCAGAGCCAGCCCGUGUGCACAACGCCAGCAUGUAUCCACGCGGCGUCCCGCAUCCUGCAAAACCUGGCGCCGAACUGGACCCAGAUGGACCCCUGUACCGAGUUCGACAAGAUGGUCUGCUACGGAUUCACGGAGCACAACGGCGAUAAUGCGAACGCCUUCACUAGCGUCAACCUCCACAACCAGAUGAUUUUGCGGCAGGUCCUCGAAAGCGCCACCGAGGCCCAAGCCGCGGGUGUGCGGUCUACCUUCCUCACGAGCCGCAGCAACGCGGAGGAAAACAAUUUCGACAUGCUGCGGACGGGUUGGAAGGCCUGCAUGGACACGGAGGCCAUCGCCGCCGCGGGCAUCAAGCCGCUGUCCGACUUCAUCGUCACCAUCAACCAGAGCUGGCCCGUGUCGCCGGAUGACCUCGACACCAAGGUCAGCGCGUCCGACUACGACGGCAUGUUCAAGGCGGCCCUGCUGCUCGAAGAGGUCGGCAUCACCGCCUGGCACGCGUUCUGCGCCGCCGAAACCGGCCCCGCGCUCCCGGAUCCGUUGAACUCGAAAGCGAACCGUGUCUGCUUUAAGAUGCCCGGGGCGGUGCAACAGAAUACAUCAGUCUUUAUUGACCAGGACGCGUUUGACAGCUACGGAGAAGUGGUUGCCGGUGCUUUCCAGCUGAUCUACGCCGACCUGGACGAUGAGGACGCCGAGGCGCUUGCCGAAGCCGUGAUCGAGUUCGAAAGAGACUUGCUUGAGCUCGUGGUUCCGAUCACGGAUGCGGCGAACGGCGACGUCUACAACAUCAUCAAGAACGCGUCCCUGGCUGACAUUGGCAAAGCCGCGCCUGCCUUUUCCCUGGAUAAGCUUGUCGCCGCGAUGAUGCCAGAAGGUCAUACGCCGACCGAAAUCCUCCUCCAGGCCCCCGAUGCCUGGCCUGACUUGUCCGCCCUCGUCUCCAACCACUCCCGCGCUGCCGUGCACGGCUUCAUGAUGUGGAAGACGAUCACCGAGCUGGCCGACUACGUGGAUGUCCCCGACCUGUCGGAGUUACUGGGCAAGCCGACCACGCCGCGAUGGCAGACCUGCGUGUCCGUGGCCGAGACGCAACUGCGGGACGUCCUCGACCACUACUAUGUGACCGCGACGUACCCGGACCUCGCGCUGCAGGCGGCGGACAAGAUGACGACCAACAUCCGCAACCAAUUCAAGAAGCGGCUCGGCGAGAUCGACUGGAUGAGCGACGACUCCAAGAAGCGAGCGAUUCAGAAGGCCGAGAACAUGCACCAGAACAUCGGCUACCCGACCUCGAACCCGGACAUCCGGUCGGCCGACGCACUCGCCAGCGAAUAUGCCGGCCUCAACCUCACGUCGACCUCGCACUUCGCCAAUAUGCUGGCCGCGCGCCGGCACAACACGCAGCGGCAGUACGCCGCCAUCGUCACGCCGCCGGACCGCGGCUCCUUUGACGGGUCGAUCACGGUCGUCAACGCAUUCUACAACCCGUCCAUCAACAGCAUGAUCGUGCCCGCGGGCAUCUCGCAGCUGCCGCUCUUCCACCCGCAGCUGCCCGACUACGCCCUCUACGGCGGGCUCGGCGCGGCGAUCGGGCACGAGAUCACGCACGGGUUCGACAGUCGAGGCCGGCUGUUCGACGAGAACGCCGAGCGGCGGCAGUGGUGGGACAACGCGACCAUCGCCGGCUUCCAGCAGCGCGCCGAAUGCUUCGUCAAGCAGUACUCGGCGGUCGAGGUCGAUGUCCCCGGCGGCAAGGCGCACGUGGACGGCAAUCUGACGCUGGCCGAGAACCUGGCCGACGCGGGCGGGUUGCACACGGCGUACGACGCCUGGGUGGCCGACCGCAAGGCCAUGCCCGCCGCCUGGGACCAGGACCUGCCCGGCCUGAGCGACUUCACGCACGAGCAGCUGUUCUACCUCGUCUGGGGCAACUUCUGGUGCGAUUCGAUGACGCCGGACCGGAUGCCGCGCCAGCUGGAGGACGUGCACGCGCCAAGCUUGGUGCGGCUGCUGCUGAAUACCAUGAACUCGAGGGGGUUCCGCGAGGCGUGGAAGUGUAAGGUCCAAGAGCCGGUGUGUGAGCUGUGGUAGGGGGCCGGCGUUGUAAUUAUUCGGGGCUCUGGAUUGGCAUGGCGUUGGGCGCGCGUAGAGACUUUUUUUGAAAUAAGUGCAAGUAACAGUCGAAAAACUCCGUGCUUGAAUACAUACCCAUUCAGGGGUAACGUUAUUGAUUUGUUAUUACAGCCAGUACUAGCAACUUGACUGCGGCCAUCCGUCGAGCGAGUAGGAACCGCUUUCAGUUCAGGUGCUUAAAAAAACCAGGUAUCUAUCGCAGUUAUUGCAGUUGUCACAAUCAGUCAUCGCAGUGUG